AUGCCGUCUCUCGUGGCGCGAGCUCCGGAGUCAUCAGCAUCUGGCUCGACAAAUGGAGAAAAGCCUACCAGUAACAUGACCACGACCGUCUUGCCAGUCGUGCUUGGUGCAGGUCUUCCCAUCCUGUGUGCCAUUAUCGUUCUGAUUGUGCUUCACCGAAGACAUGUCAAGAAACUUCUACGGGAAGAUGCAAACGAUAAACAUAAAUCACUCGAUUUUGGAAUGGAUACAGUUGGACCGGCUACACAGAGGAGAGGCCCUGGAGCCAUGCCCCCGAUGUCAGAACCCAACCACACCAAGGGCCUGUCUCUCGACGUGGGCCCUUAUCUGAUCCCCCCGGGCAUGAAGAGCUCCCGGGACUCUCUACACUCCAUUUCUCGUUCAAUAGAUGAUGACAAGUACCGCCCCGCCACAUUUCUGGGGGACAAUGGCUCCGUUCGGUCCUUCCCUAGGGGACAUCGAGAUGAUGCCUCUAGCUUUGGCGGUUCGCCAACCCGAUAUGGAGCUGCUGAUGAGCCUGACUCGGGUCUUCUUAGGAAUGCCCAGAGGAUGUCUCGCUCUUCCCCGCCGAUUUAUAGCUCCCCCACUGAAUCUCACAGAGGUAGCCCCGUGAAUCAGCGCAAGGAUUUCCUUGGCCCGGUUCCCGGUGUGACUCCUCCGGCCCCUGUUGCACAGGAACACAGUAUGGCCCCUGGCAGUGCCACAACUGACCGGGAUUUCACAUCCCCGGAGCUGCCUCACCUGGAUUCUACCCCCAGUCUCCAUUUCGGAUUCGAGACCGAGACAAACCAUGCUAGUGCGCCUGAAGAACGCCUGAACUUCCCGCUACCUGAGCCUUCGCAAUCACCACACGACUCUGGGCACGGCCAGACGGCAUCGCAGGUUCCUCGUAUUUCCCUGCCGGCCAGCGAUGUUACCAGUAGUGACUAUGGUGAUGAUCGCAAGUCGGAGCUCAUGAUUCCUCCGGUCAACGUCCAUGCCACGGAUGGACAUCAUGAUGUCCCAAGCUAUGAAAACAAGCACCCCGAACUCCCAGAGGAGCCUCAAAACCUGGACAAGCCAUAUGAUGAACACCGCGACACCCGCCGGAUGACUCUCGGAUUGCGUCCGCUGCCCCCAGAAGACCCUGCAGACAACCCUGAGCAGCGUGCCAAUCGGAUUCGCUCCUUCUACAAGGAGUACUUCGAUGAGAGCAAGACUGGCCGGGAGACCACAUAUUACGAAGACUUCGGGCCUGAGUUCUAUGAGGACGGUGGUUUCGUCUAUGACCCAGUCACUGGCGACUACUUUGAUGCCGCACCGGCUCCCUUCGCUGAGCCGGUGACCCGUCGUGCUAUGACGCCGCCGCCGCGUGCUCCUCCACGCUUCCAGGGAGCCGCUCGUCAUCAGGCCACGAACUCUGCAGGCUUCAAUGGCUUCUCCCCUGGCCCUCGUUCCUUCUCGUCUGCAUCCGGGCCCCGGGCUUUCUCCUCUGCCUCCGGGCGUAUGCCUGGUCCCAGAGCUCCCCGGAAGCCGAUGCCCCCUCCGGCACCGCUUCAGGUUCUUCCCACUCCUCACAUGCUAAGAGAUGAAUCUCUCAUGUCCGCUGUGGACUUUGCUCCCGCAAACGGCUUCCGCGACCAGCGUGCGGGUCGCCCCGAGACGCCUACCGGUGGCAUGCGACCUUAUAGCCCAGCUGUGCGUGCGCACACCCCGCUGGCCUCUGCCUUUGAUGAGCUCGCCGUCAUGCCCAGCCCACACGCUCUGCGGAAGUCUGGAACGUACACGAACCUGGACUUCGUACCCCCGCCACGUUUCAAGAACGAGGGCGCCGGCAGCGAUGCUGGUAGUAUCCGCAGUAACCGGACUGGUGUUUCAAAUACCCACAUGAACAAUAUCCGCAUGGGCAACUACCGCAUCAGUCGCUUGCCGGCGGACACGGUCGGCACCAAGGAUGAUUUGAUGACCAGCCUGCGUCCGCACUGGGAUUUGAAUAACAAUAAAUAA